UAUUUGUAGAAUCGGAAAUAGGCUUCAUUACCUGUAUAGGUACUUUUUUCCGGUGGAUCCGAAAUAGCUCCUACCGUUAUUCUGUUCUGGACUAAUUAUCUCUGUCGUGACUUUGAUUGUAACUUCACAGUGUAACUGACCUCAAAAAAGCAUGUGGCCCCACAUCUGUUUCCUAAUAAUAACCCUGAUUACAAACAUUCAAGUGUUGUUUACUGCGUCCAAUGUAACCCUUGACAAGUAUAAGAAACAAACGGCUACUAAAUGUGAAGAUGGAUUCGUUGAAGGCAUUAAUUCAGUCAAAUUUAAAAGUAAGAUACAUCUUAUAAACACAAGACAGAGGCCCAUUGAAAUUGUUGUCUAUGAAAUCAAAGGAAAAGACAUGACCAGUUUUAGACCGAUAUGUACCAUUAUGAAUAUGUCGGAUAAUACAUAUGGUUAUUGCCGCACUGAGUCAAAAGGAGAUUAUGUUCAAGUCCACAUUGUCAUUUCUGAUUAUUUCUCAAACUAUAGUGAAGCGUUGCUUAGAGGCAGAUUAAAGUUAACCGAUGGCAGUCUAGGAGAAAGUGAAAUACAAGAGUUGCCUAAACUAUACGUCCCUAAACAAAGCGCUGUUGAGAUUACAAUAGAUGGCCAACGUAUGUCGGUAUCAGAUACAACAAUGCCAGUGACCAACACGUCCAUCAAUAUACUAUUCCAGUGUACGGAGACUACACCUUCUCCUUGUCUGCUAGAGAUAGUGAAUAGUCAGAACAACCAGACCGUCGCCAAAGGUGCUGGAUUGAUCUCUAUCUGCUGUAACCUUCAGAAUGAUUUGACUUUGACCUUCACCUACAAUUUCUGUUACUCGAGCGACCAGAAGAACACGUUUACCUAUUCCUUUCAAACAGCAGAAGUACAGCACGGAAUGUAUAUAGACCUGGGAACCACUACAGGAAUCUGUUUCGGCACUUUAAUAAUAGGAGUGCUAAUAGGACUAUUAGUUAUGGCGUUUGGAUACAACAGUCUCAAAAAAUCUCGAGUUGGAACUUACCUACGUAACAGUAUUGAAGCUUUGCGAUUUGGACGAGAAAUAACUGUAGACAAAGAUGCCACGUAUGGUGAUAUAAUGGCGUCCUUACAAUAUGAGGAUUAUUCUUGUCAAGAAACGAGCAACGAAGGAGUGUCAAUACGGAUAUCAUGUCCUAAGGAAGAUAAGCACAACUAUUUCAUGGGCUUGAAAGAUCUCCUAGAAAAGUCUGUAAUGAAAGAUGAGAAUGUUGGCAAGCUGGUCAAGAGUGUCUUCCAUUUAACAGUCAAGCUGGAUGUUAAUAAUAUUUCGAACUCACGUGAGAAAUUCUGGCCGGGCACAGGGGUACGGUAUCCUCUCUCUUCAUCUGCGACACCGACCGCUAAAAACAGGUCUGGCACUGGUAGAGUAUGGAAAGUUAUAAUGUAUAAAAAUGGAAUAGAUAGCUUUGGCGGCAGACACAAAAAGUACACAUCAUGCCCAUGCGCUCAGUGCAAGCAAUCUGGGAAGCCGAAUAGCAAGUUUGCCAAAAUCAGUAUCUCUACCUCAAAAGCGCUUGUGUACAAUGACUUUGAGGCAGCUGGCGUUAUAUGUUUGCUCUUUUAUGACAGUUCAUUUCAAAUGGAUUCACAUAAUAAACGACUUGAUGGCUUUUAUGUUGAACAGGACAAAAUCACUACAGAUUUCUGUUCUUUGGCAUGCUACACAUGCAAUAUACCUCUAUUUGAAAGGCUCAAAAAAUAUUUGAACAGAUUUAAUCAGGCGAACGAGGCAAUCCAAUCUCAGAAGACUGCUAUCAAGCGUUUAAAUAGCUUUGUAUUUAUAGUCUCCCACCCACAUGGCGAGUACAAAAAGAUUAGCUAUGGCAAAAUUGUUCGCAAAUACGAAAUCCGCGGUCCAGGGACCAGUCUGGUGUACACAGCCCCAACAUGCCCUGGAAGUAGUGGAGCACCAGUGAUCGCCCCUGCACAUAGCAGUAGUUGGUCUAAUGAGACACAGAUCAUCCAUUUCGGACAAGUAGACUCCAAACAUAGCUGCAGUGGCUUUUUUAGUGCUUCUGAUACAUCAUAGUCAUCCAGUAACAACCAUAGAUUAAAAUUUAAAGGAAAUACAAUUAAUUAUUAUAUAUAUACUAUUUAUACUCAAAAUGCUCAAAGUAAAAGUUAACUUUUUAAAAAGUUUAUACCUACUCGUAUCUAGUUGAAAUUUUGUACAAUUAUUUGCUAUAUCUGGAAAACAAGUAUCAAUUUUUUUAAAUAAGCAAGUAGUUAAAUAACUAUUUGUAUUUUUUUUUGUUUGCAUUGAGUAAAGGAAAGAAAUCGUACUUAUCAGACGUGGUGGUAAAAGCUGAAUUAGUCGCCUUUAGGCUGCGCCCAGAGUGAGCAAAUUUGUUUUUUUUAAUGCAUUUAAAAAGCGAUCACAGUGACAUUCAUACAGAUACCCCCUCCCCAAUUCCAAACUGGUCCAGACAAGUGAUAGGAUCAUAGCGCAUUGAGAAAACUAAAAGCAUAAAAUUGCGCUAAUCAUAAAUAUUUAUUUUUGUUAGUCUAUAUGAUAUAUCUAUUUCAAAUUUAAUCGCAUGACUGAACCAAACUAACUGAUACAAUUUCAUUUAAUAUAAGCUUCGGCUUUUUAUUUACAGUAUUUCUUCUUAAAUUAGAGCCUAAUUAAUUUUCUUCUUGAAAUCUAAAAAAUGAUAUUGUUUAUAAGUUAGUUAUUUUCUUGAAAACACAUAAUUGUAAAACAAAUUCUUUCCAAUAAUAAUUCAAUAAUAUUAAACGAGUCAUAAGCACAUAUGUUAGCCAAAAAAAAAUACUUUGUCAAUGUGUAACCAUGAUCACAUCUGCAGUAUUUAAGGUUCAUCAUUUCUGCCUGAUUAGGUAUUUCUUAUAUAUAUAGUUGUAUAAUGUUUUGUUAUGUAUAGCACUAGUUUAAAACAAAUUUCUUCUUCGAUUUUAAUGGUGUUAUUAUUACUGUAUUAUUACUGUUACUAUUAUUAUUUUGGAAGUGAAUGAAUUUUCACUGCCGGAUAAAUCUUCAUUAAAAGGAAAUAAAAGUAUUUAAAUUAUUAAUACUUAUUAGAAACGAACGAGUAUUCAUUCUCUGGCACUGCCAGGGUCGAGUUUUGUUAAAGAGAAACAAAAUUCAUUGUAGUCCUUUUAUCAGUUUCCACUGAGGAAUGUUCUGGUCUGCAGUGUAACGCCCUCUAACAGGCAACGAGAAUAUUCCUAGGAAUGUUGUGGGCCUUGAAGAUAUCUGUGAGGUCAGUUGUCAGUAUCCCCGUGGUGAUAUAACAAUUAUUAAACUUUUCUAUACAGCAGCCAUCAGCAGUCUAUCUUUGUCAUUACCUGCUGGUAUGGUAAUACUUCACUGGCACAAAGACAUAGACUGAAUAGACUAAUUUAAAUAAAAAAAAAUCGUAUGUCACUCAAACACAGCUACCAUCUCUUGAAGAACUUUUUCAAGAAAGAUGCCUUUCCAAAACACUCACGAUUCUUAAAGACAACCUGCACCCAUUAAACCACUGUUACAUCAGAUCUGAACGAAGUGGUAGUCUCCUUUUCAUUAGGACUGAAACAGAAAGGUUUUAAAACUCCUUCAUCCCACUGUCGGUCAGAGUGUUACAAGAUCAGCUGUGAGAAGUACAUAGAAGUCAAAUACAUAAAUCGCUACUUGUGAAUGUGUAUGUGUUUCGUGUGUGAAUGUUGUUCGUAUUUGCAUCUAUAAUGUUAUUGUUACAGUAGUUACGCUGAGGUUGUCAACGGUUAAACUGAAUUUUUAUUUGACUGGACCAAUAAAAAUUAUUUUAUCUUAUCUUAAUGGGGUAGAUUGUUAUUUUAGAUAACUUCCAUUAACGCUUUAUCCCCCCCCCCCCAGCCUAUCAGUUCACAGCACUACCCACGGUAAUUUCAUUGUAAAAUGUCGAUGAUUAAAUUAUCGAGCCCAAUGUUAUUAUUAUUUUAAGAAAACUACCUACGUGUCUAUUCCUAUUUGUAAAGUUAAUUUGUUAAAACACACACUAAAACCUGCUAGAAACAAACUGUGUUCGAAUUUGACAUGUCUUGAUCAAAAACAUUUCUAGAUGUAAAGUACAAGAUUUCAAAAUGAAAAUUAUUUGUACACAACAUGUAUGUUCAACAGUAGACCACACUGCGCCCACGGGCUAAACGGGGAUUUUUAGGGCGCUCUUAGGUCACCCAACGCUAAUCAGUACCCGACAUUAUUUGGGAAAAGCAGUUGAGCGUUGUUCUGGCCACACUACGCCCUCGUUAACUGUUGGCCCUAGAAAUAGAUUAUUUUUACAUCAUAUGCUCUGUUAGGCAGCUAGAGUUACUUUAUUUUUUUAACUUGUUAUUUUAUUCAGUUACAAUUGUCACUUUAUCAACAUUUUUUUUAAAUAUUGCAAUUGCAGCUAUUAUUGUUAUCUGUUCUAUUGAAAUUGACUUUCUUUUAAUAUACCAAUAAUUAGUAGACUCUGGUACAUCUUUUUAUUACUGAUUGUAUUAUUUACCAUUACUUCUACUACUUUUAAAGCAAAUGUUUAAUUAGUCAACUUGUUAUAUGUUCGAAAUAUUCAGUAAAAUGUGUUUGUCCUUACACAGUGCCAAAUUUAAUUUAGAACUUUAAAAUCAUCGCCUGUGAACAAGGUUUUACAUGAGAUCUAGUAGCCUUUCUUAACCUGACCAGUGUGCAGCCGAACAUUACGGGCUCACAUAGGUCUCACCAGCCACAUGAGGAGGCAUAAAACCCCAGUGCAAACCCCUCAGCCCCCUGGAUGACAAAGGGUUCAUCAAAAAUCAUCAUCGAACCACGAUGGACGAACUAUAGUAACCUUUCUUAUUGUGAUAUGCAUAUCUAUUAUAUAAAUCAGGAAGUAAGGCGUAUUUAUGUUAGUAUGUAGGCCUGUGUAUGUAUGUCCCGAAUAGAAACCAAAACCGUUUAACCAAUCUUGAUAAAACUUGUCAUAAAUAGUCCUUCGACACUAACUGGAAAAGUAACAUGCUUAAAGUUGCGCUAAAACAAACUUAGCAUGUUUCAGUAGACCACACUUAUCUGUAAUAGCAAUAGUCCAAAUCUAUCUGUAACAGUAGACCCCAUCUAUCUACAGAGCUCCCCUAUCUCGGGACUCGAUCUAUUACCAAUCAAGUUCUACUGAAUGGGGAACCAGUAUGCUGAAUAACUAUAAAUUGUUGGCUAUUUUGUAACUUAUCGUGUAUUAAAUAAAGUGUAAAUAAGCUGUGUAUUUUAAAAGCUAAACAAUAUUUGUUCUUACAGUUAAGCACUAUUGUGUAUUAUUGUAUUUUUAUUCUUUUUUUUUUUUUUGAGGAAGUAAUAUAUACACAAUAGCUAAUCCUUUUUUUAGAUAGAGAUAAUAGUGAAUGAUAUAGUGUGACCAGCAUAAAUAAAAUGCUUUCACUACUCUGUAA